AUGCACAAGACCACAGUCCUGCUCAUGGUACCGGCCCAUGAAUCGAUCGCAUCGACCAAGGAGAUGCUUCUGCAUGCUCUCAAGAGCCGUGGUAUUACAGAGAUAAAUGGCGAUCCCGUCCCGGACGAUCCGUCGGAGAUCGAGUUCGGCGUUCCUAUCGAUCGAAACGAGCUCGAAAAAGGCUGGACCCGACUCGAUGUCGAACUUGCCAACGGAGAAAAGACCUCUGGUCGGGUCAAGAACGGGACGAAAGCUAGCCUGCAGUCCGCAGAUAUUAGAAACGGACAACCUAUCGCCUUCCGGUUCCGCAAGGCGAGUGACGAGAACCAGGAUAAAGACGACUUGGAGUUGGAACUUGAAGACCCGGGUUGGGACGUAGUGGUCCCGACUCUCGAUAAUGAAGAGCCAGAAUGA